UAUGUUGACGCCACUGUAGCGGCACUGUAGAAGGCAUCCAAAAACCCUGAACCAAAACCCUUCCUCCCUCUCAAUCGCCACCCCUCUUUUCAAAACACCGAACACAGCCAUAAAAUCGCUAACAUCUCUUCUUUCUCCGGUGGCCGUCCAAAUAAAUAACUACUACUACUGCUUUAUUCCUUGAAUUUGUUGGGGUGGUUUGCUAUAGAGAGAUAUGGGGAUAUUUGAACCCUAUAGAGCGAUUGGAUAUAUAACAAGCACAGUGCCUUUCUCUGUCCAGCGACUAGGGACUGAAACUUUCGUGACAGUGAGUGUAGGCAAAGCUUUUCAGGUCUAUAACUGUGCCAAGCUCAAUUUGGUCCUGAUUAGCCCUCAACUUCCUAAGAAGAUUCGAGCUCUUGCCUCAUAUCGUGAUUUCACCUUUGUUGCUUAUGGAAACGACAUUGCUGUUUUUAAGCGCGCUCAUCAGGUAGCAACUUGGAGCAGGCAUAGUUCUAAAGUUAAUUUGUUGUUGCUGUUUGGAGAUCAUAUUCUAAGUGUAGAUGUCGAUGGUAAUAUUUUCAUUUGGGCUUUUAAAGGAAUUGAGCAGAAUCUUGCUCCCACUGGACAUAUCAUGCUAGAUAAUAAGUUUACACCCACCUGUUUAAUGCACCCAGAUACUUAUCUAAACAAGGUUGUUGUUGGGAGUAGGGAGGGUUCUUUGCAGCUUUGGAAUAUUAGCACUAAGAAAAAGCUCUACGAGUUUAAAGGAUGGAAUUCCUCUAUUACCAGUUGUGUGUCAUCGCCUGCACUAGAUGUUAUUGCAGUCGGCUGUGCUGAUGGGAAGAUUCAUGUACAUAAUAUUCGCUGUGAUGAAGAGUUGGUUACCUUUUCUAACUCAACAAGAGGAGCAGUAACUGCCCUGUGUUUCAGUACUGAUGGACAACCUCUUCUAGCAUCUGGAGGUUCAUCUGGUGUUAUAAGCAUAUGGAAUCUUGAGAAAAGAAGGCUCCAAUCAGUCAUAAGAGAGGCCCACGAUAAUUCAAUAAUUUCAUUGCACUUUUUUGCUAAUGAGCCUGUGUUGAUGAGCGCAUCAGCAGACAACUCAAUUAAAAUGUGGAUUUUUGACACUAGUGAUGGAGAUCCUCGCUUGUUGCGCUUCCGAAGUGGACACAGUGCUCCUCCACAUUGCAUAAGGUUCUAUGCAAAUGGGAGACACAUUCUAUCUGCUGGGCAGGAUCGUGCUUUCCGUCUCUUCUCUAUCAUCCAGGAUCAGCAAAGUAGAGAGCUUUCCCAACGCCAUGUAUCUAAGCGGGCAAAGAAACUUAGGGUGAAGGAAGAAGAGUUGAAAUUGAGGCCUGUUAUUGCAUUUGAUUGUGCUGAAAUUAGGGAGCGGGAUUGGUGCAAUGUGGUUACAUGUCAUAUGGAUACUGCACAGGCCUAUGUAUGGAGGCUUCAAAAUUUUGUUCUUGGUGAGCAUAUCCUCAGACCUUGCCCAGAAAAUCCGAAUCCUGUCAAGGCCUGUGCCAUCAGUGCAUGUGGCAAUUUUGCUGUCGUAGGGACAGCAGGCGGUUGGAUAGAAAGGUUCAAUCUUCAAUCAGGGCUUAGCCGAGGCAGUUUCGUAGAUGUGUCAGAAAGAGGAAGCUGUGCACAUGAGGGAGAAGUAGUUGGACUUGCUUGUGAUUCGACAAAUACCCUGAUGAUAAGUGCAGGAUAUCACGGUGAUGUAAAGGUUUGGGAUUUCAAAGGACGUGGACUAAAAUCUAGAUGGGAAAUUGGUUGUACUCUGGUUAAGACUGUUUAUCAUCGUCUUAAUGGUCUUUUGGCUACCGUAGCAGAUGAUUUAGUUAUCCGUUUGUUUGAUGUUGUGGCAUUAAGAAUGGUUCGCAAAUUUGAAGGCCACUCUGACCGUGUUACAGAUUUAUGUUUUAGUGAGGAUGGGAAAUGGCUUUUGUCAUCCAGUAUGGAUGGGACCCUUAGAAUUUGGGAUGUGAUUUUGGCCAGGCAAAUAGAUGCUAUACGUGUUGACAUGCCUAUUACUGCAUUGUCUCUAUCACCAAAUUUAGAUAUAUUGGCGACUACCCAUGUUGAUCAAAAUGGUGUCUAUUUAUGGGUUAAUCAGUCAAUGUUCUCUGGGGCUUCAAGUGUUGAUUCUUAUGCAAGUGGGAAAGAUGUUGUGAAUGUAAAAUUGCCAUCUGUCUUCUCUAUAGAAAGUUCUCAAGUUCAGGACUCUGAUAAGCCGAUUGAGAAGCAAUUGCAACAGUUUGGAUCUUUCAGUUCACCAGCAUUCAUCCAGCAAAUACCAGAACUUGUCACUCUCUCUUUGUUGCCUAAAAGCCAAUGGCAGGGCUUGAUCAACUUGGACAUUAUAAAGAUACGCAAUAAGCCAGUUGAGCCUCCUAAGAAACCUGAAAGCGCACCUUUUUUCUUGCCUUCAAUUCCAUCUCUUUCUGGAGAAAUUUUAUUUAAACCUAGUGACCCAAUAAAUGUGGAGAAAGAUGCAAAAGCUGAUGAGUUGGAGAACAACCACCAAAAACUUGAUGUGCCGUCAUCAGAGUUUAUGCAACUCCUUCAGUCCUCUGUGAAGACAGAGAAUUUUUCAGCAUUUACAGAUUAUAUCAAAGGUUUGUCUCCAUCAACUUUGGAUAUGGAACUUCGAAUGCUGCAGAUAAUAGAUGAAGACGAUCAGCAAGAUCUAGAAAAGAGACCUGAAUUUGUUUCAAUUGAACUGCUGCUUGAUUAUUUCAUACAUGAGAUAUCUAGCAGAAACAAUUUUGAGUUCAUCCAAGCUGUUAUUAGAUUAUUUUUAAAGAUUCAUGGUGAAACGAUACGAUGCCAAUCAAAAUUACAAGAUAGAGCUAGGAAGCUUUUAGAAACUCAAUGUGCAGUUUGGCAGAGAGUAGAUAAAUUAUUCCAAAGUGCUAGAUGCAUGGUAACUUUCCUUAGCAACUCUCAGUUUUAAGUUCGCUGAGGUAUAUGCAAUUGUUUUUGUUUUGUAAUGAACCAUCUUCUCCAUAGCAAUUAUUAUUAUUAUUAUUAUUUAAAUUCUAAAUUUUUACUUUUUCCUCUUGGGAGGUUUUUGUAUCUAGGCUCUAUCAGUUUCCCUUUAAUCCGAAGGGAAUCGAUUUUGUAUUGAGUUUUGAUUUGGAGAAUCAAAAGAAGCAAAUUUUAAUUACUUGAUGUUAGAAA